GAAGAAGAAAGCUCAUUUGUCUCGUAAAAACCAAAGGGAAACCAAAAAAAAAAGGGUCGUAGCUUUCUUUCACACGAAAUCUCACGAGCCGCCUUGUUAUUCUUCUUCUUUCUCUGUCUCUUUCGAAAAAGAACAAAAACCACAGCGAAAAAAAAUUAGAGCUUUGUGAGAACGGUAAGACCAACGACGGCGUUUCUCUCCGGUGGAAUCUCAGCCGUUGGAUCUGAGAAAUCGCCGUGUCCAGUGGAGGAGUUAAAAUGAAAACUUUCUUUUUCUAGUUUUAAAUUUUUUUUGUUUUUAUCGUUAUCAGAAAAGGUAGGUAGCGAAAAAGAGGUUUUUACGAAAAGCAGAUUGAUUGACUGGUAGCUGAAGAACAACGGAGGAGAAAUAUAGAAAGUGAGAGAGAGAGAGAGAGAGAGAGAGAGAGAGAGAGAGAGAGAGAGAGAGAGAGAGUAAGAUAAAAAAGAAGAGUGAGAAAAGAUAAACCCUAAAGGUUGAAACUUGGUUGACGAAAAUGAGCUGAAAUUUUCUUCAUUUAUUUCAUUCUUACUUUACUUUUUUUCUUGGGUUACUUCAAAAAUCAGUAGAGAGAAAAAAGUUCGAUUUUUUUUUUUGGAAGAUGCCGGUAGAUUUAGAUAACUCCUCCACAGUUUCCGGCGAGGCAAGUGUCUCAUCCACCGGAAACCAAAACCCACUUCUAAAAUCCUCCGGAAAAAAGAAACGAAACCUCCCAGGCAUGCCCGAUCCAGAAUCAGAAGUUAUAGCUUUGUCACCAAAAACAUUACUAGCAACAAACAGAUUCGUUUGCGAAAUCUGCAGCAAAGGAUUCCAGAGAGACCAGAAUCUGCAGCUUCACCGUCGAGGUCACAAUCUUCCAUGGAAACUCAGACAGAAAUCGAGCAAAGAAGUGAGGAAAAAGGUUUACGUUUGUCCUGAGAUCAGCUGUGUUCAUCACGACCCUUCACGCGCUUUAGGAGAUCUCACCGGAAUCAAGAAACACUUUUGUCGGAAACACGGCGAGAAGAAGUGGAAAUGCGACAAAUGCUCCAAGAAAUACGCUGUUGUGUCCGAUUGGAAAGCUCACUCGAAGAUUUGUGGCACCAAAGAGUAUAAAUGCGAUUGUGGUACUCUGUUUUCUAGGAGGGAUAGCUUUAUAACGCAUAGAGCUUUCUGUGAUGCUUUGGCUGAAGAAAGUGCGAGAAGCCAUAAUAAUCCUAGUAAGAAGCAGAAUCCGGUAGUUUUGCCCCGGAAGAAACCAGUACCCGACCCGAAAUCUGUAGCUGCAGCUAAUUCACCGUCGUCUCCGAAUCUUGCUCCGGUGGAUACUCAAUCUGCUAAAAUCAAAUCUCCUCCGAUUAAGCGAUCAGAAUCACCAAAAACCCCUCCAGAAACCUUACAAGAAGCUCCAAAACCGACCGGUUUAAACGUUACAAGAAACGGCGUUUUCGCAGGCUUAUUCGAAUCUUCAUCAGCUUCUCCAAGCAUAUACACAUCUUCUUCUUCUUCUUCAUCAUCAUCACAGUCUCUAUUUGCGCCAUCCUCAUCCAUCGAACCCAUCUCUUUGGGGCUCUCAACAAGUCAUGGAUCAUCAUUUCUCGGGUCAACCCGGUUCCCAACUCAGCCCGCAAUGUCAGCAACUGCUCUGCUUCAAAAAGCAGCUCAAAUGGGAGCAACUUCUUCGGGAGGAUCAUUGCUUCGAGGGUUAGGCAUUGUUUCAUCUUCUUCACCUUCUAUGGACUCAAUAGUCCCUCAUGGCUUAGGAUUGGGACUGCCUUGUGGCGGCGAAAGCAGCUCGGGUUUGAAAGAGCUCAUGAUGGGGAACUCCUCUGUGUUUGGUCCGAAACAGACAACAUUAGACUUUCUCGGAUUAGGUAGAGCCGUUGGCAAUGGUGGCGGUGGUCCCGGAAACGGACUAUCCGCUCUAGUUGGAGGAACCGGCGGCGUCGAUGUGGCGGCUGCGUUUGGAUCAGGAGAGUUUUCAGUGAAAGACAUUGGUAGAAGAACAUCAUCAUAAGUACAGUGUAAGUUACUAUGUUUCAGAGAUUGGAGUUUUCUAUGUUCUUUGUUCAGUAGCUUUAGUGUGAGUUGAAUUAUAAGAGUAGUAGUAAACUUCCAUUUAAAAGAGAAGGUUUAAAUUUAUA